AUGCGCUGCAAGAACGCUGGCGCCGACUACGACGAGAACAAUAUUCAAUGGACAUGCACCGCCUCCCUCCCCGAGGAGUUCAAGCUCGGCUCCACCGACGUCAUCUGCGAGGGCUACGACUACCCCGAGGACCCGUAUAUCUUGAAGGGGAGCUGUGGUGUAGAAUACCGACUCGUCCUCACCGAAAAGGGCCACGAGAAGUUUGGCAAAGGCAAUGGAGGCUGGUGGGGCGGCGACGACGAUGAAAGUGGUAGCCAUGGGCCUAACACGUUCGGUCAACAGGUCGCUGCGGCGUUGUUCUGGAUGGCAUUCAUUGGUGUCGCGGGCUGGAUAAUAUACUCUGCAUUCAUCGCUCGGGCCCAGGGACCUGGUGCAGCUGGCGGUAACCGGCCAGGCUGGGGCGGUGGAGGCGGAGGUGGAGGUUGGGGCGGAGGUAACGACAACGACGGCUAUGACGACCCACCACCGCCAUACUACGACUCAAGGCCUGGCACAAAACCUGGCUAUGGCACGGCGCAACCACAGCAACAAUGGCGGCCAGGCUUCUGGUCCGGUGCUGCUGGUGGAGCUGCGGCUACGUGGGCGGCCAAUCGCUGGGCAAAUCGAGGCAACCAAACAGGCGGCGGUAGCAGGUGGAAUAAUGGAGGUGGAAGCUCAUGGGACAACGGAGGCGAGGGAAGCUCGAGGCCUUCUUCGGGCUCAUCGAGCUUCUCGAGCACAAGACAUGAGAGUACGGGCUUCGGCUCAACUUCACGGAGGUAG